AUGGCGCCCAUAAAAGUUGGCAUUGUAGGCUACGGCUUCGCCACAAAGUGCUUUCACUUGCCCUACAUCCUUCCAAACCCAGAUCUAGAGGUCUACGCGUUCCUGCAGCGGGCGGCAGCGCCGAGUGAACCCUCACAGACACCUCGUUGGGGCCACUGCACCAUCGACUUCCCGCAGGCCAAGCACUACCGGACGACCGACGAGUUCUACGCCGACGAUCAGAUCGAGCUUGUCGUAAUCUGCACCUCAAGUACGGCGCAUUAUGAGUUUGCCGAGAAGGCUCUGCUUGCCGGCAAGCAUGUGGUUGUCGAGAAGCCCUUUGUUACAAGCAGCGCUGAGGCAGAUAGGCUCAUUGCCCUGGCCAAGGAGAGGGGCAAAAUCCUGACGGUGUUUCACAAUCGGAGGUUCGACAGCGACUUCAGGACCCUGCAUCAUCUCAUGAGUCACGGCGCUCUGGGGGAUGUGCUGCAAGCAGACAUCCACUUCGACUACCCCGAUCCAACGUGGAUCUCUGGAUGGACGUCAAAGGAGUACAUACCUGGGGAAGGAAUGACUUUUGGCCUCGGCACCCACACUCUUGACCAAGCGCUCUAUCUGUUUGGCCGGCCCGCCUCGGUAACCGGCUUCCUGCGGUCAAACCGCGGCAUCGACAGCGAGAUUGAUGAUACCUUCAUCAUUAUUCUCCAGUACUCGGGGAAGCAAAAGAACCUGCUGGUGACGGUCAAGACGGCCAUUGUCACGCACAUGAAGGACCAGCUGCGCUUUUUUGUCCGGGGAACCAAGGGGACAUAUUUGAAAUUUGGAACAUGCCCACAAGAGAGCCAGGCCAUCGCCGCUCCCGGGCAGCCAGCAACAAGCCCCGAGUUUGGCGUGGAAGACGAACGCAUCUGGGGCACGCUGACCACCACCACCGAGUUUGACCCCGAGAUCCAGCACUUCGACGAAGAAAGCAAAAAGUACAUUGGCAAAUAUCCCAGUCUGAAGGGGUGGUACAGGGGAUACUACGAGAAUGUGUCGGCGGCUAUUCGCGGGAGGGAGGAAAUUUUUGUCAAGCCUGACACGGCGAGGGACGGGCUGAGGAUCAUUGAGCUGGCGAGGGAGUCCCAGGAGAAGGGAUGCACCGUUCCCUGGUCCUAG